AUGGCUACUCGUCGAGGAGUUGGACUUGGCGCCUUCGCCAAUCGCACUCAAGCCAGCCAGUCAUUUGCGAAUCAUGGCGCCAAUCUACGCUCCUCGCAUCUCUCCUCUUUACAGACGCAACUGUCCGUAUUCCAGUCAUUACUCCACACCUUCGCGCUGGAACACAGCUCAACGAUCAAAUCGAACCCGACGUUUCGAGCAGAGUUCGCUCGUAUGUGCAAUGCUAUCGGAGUCGAUCCCCUCGCAGCCAGCAAUAUCGGGAGUUUCUGGACGCAGAUCAUGGGUGGAGACAUGAACGACUUCUACUUUGAAGUAGCUGUUAGAGUGGUGGAACUUUGUCGAGCUACCAGAAGCGAGAACGGCGGGUUAAUCGGUGUUGAGGAAUGUCGGAAACGAGUAGGCAAGGGGAAGGCUAUUGGUAGUGGACUGGAGGUUACAGAUGAUGACGUUCUCCGAGCUGUCAAGAGUCUGGAACCGCUUGGCUCUGGGUUCUCCAUUGUACAUGUCGGCAGCAAGCAAUAUAUUCGAUCGAUUCCCAAAGAGCUAAACACGGACCAGGCUACUGUGCUCGAGGCAAUUCAGGUUCUUGGCUACGUGAGCAUCUCUAUGCUUCAAGCGAAUUUGAAUUGGGAGAAGGCUCGGGCACAGACUGUCAUUGAUGAUCUGCUGGCGGAUGGCCUUGUCUGGCUAGAUGCCCAAGCGGAGGAAAAUGAGUAUUGGUCACCUCAAAAUCUGCUAGAUGACAGUGGUAUAUCCAGUGACACCUGA